CCCAUAUCAUUUAUCAUCAGUAUACAUGUCUAGCAUGGUCGAAAUGUUGCAGGACUGUGCUGUCGGUCACGUUACUGAAGCCUCGGGAAAUCAAUAGGACACAGCAUCUCAAUAGUCCAACAUGGUAGCCACCAGGAACGCCGCCUUUGCAGAAGAAAGUGCGGAGGUGGAAGUAUUGUUAGCAUCCCUAGCGAAGACCAAGGACCUUUCGAAGAAAAUAGCCGCGAGCCUAUCUCGGUUGGAUGCCAGUGGAAAAAUCGUCAAGGACGCCAUCGGACCUAUAUAUGGCAAUACGGAGCAGCUCCAGGUUACGAGCCGGAACAUCGACAGGGUAAAUGAAGCUAUUGAGAAACUCCGCCAACCUCUAGAUGCCCGAGGUCGAGAGGAGAAUAUCAUCCGGCAAGGUCCAAAAGGUGCCGGACUGCCACAAUAUCUUGGAGCUCUCAAGCGCGUCGACAAGGCCUUGACCGACUUGAACUCUUCCGGGUUGAGAUCGAACCAGCAAGCAAUCUCGGAAUUCCACAACCUGCUGUUGACCGGCGUCAAUCAGUUGAACGACCUGUAUCGACAAAUGCUCCAGGAAGAUGCCAGCACAGUCGAACCCCUGCAUUUCAUCACCAAGCAGAUCCCCUUCCCAACAAUGUCCCAAGAUAAGGUCCAGACGCUCAGCCAAGUGGCUAUGGCCAUCGCCUCGGGUGGAGCACACUCUGCCAGGCUAGGACAACGCGACGAGGAUGUUGCAGCCCGUAUGUACGCCGAAGUAAGAGGAGACUAUCUGAACUCCAGCCUCCAGAAUCUUUCAACGGCUUCGAUCAGCACCUCCAAGCGCCGAGCCAACGACACAGCCAUCUAUCGCGAAGGUUCCAGUGGCAUAGGAGCCUACGCCAACGCCAUUGAAGGCAUGUUUCUGGCCGAAGCCGAGAAUACAUCUCGUAUCUUCCGCAACGACGCAGGCCGCGUUUUCAGCAUGACCUGCUCAAAGGCUCUAUCAACCUUCGCACGCACCCUCUCCGAAAUGAACACUUUCAUCAAAUCCCGCAUCCUGACCGAUUGCUUCCUCGCCUACGAGAUCCUCGACCUCAUCACCCCGUUAAGCUACCGUCUCGAAUCCCGGACAGGCCAGCUCCGUUCGCAAUUCGCCGACGCCCUCCGGCCUCUCCGCGAAACAUCGCGCUCUUCAUUAAGCGACCUCAUCACCCAAACAAGACGCCAGGCAGAAUCAACAUCGACACUCCCACCCGACGGUAAAACUAUACCCCUCGUGCCCGAAACGGCCAAACGCCUCCAGACUCUCGCGCUGUUCGACCGGCCCCUUCUGGCCCUCCUCUCGUCCAUCGGCGAGGGUAACUGGAAGAACCCCACCACAGGCACAGGCCUAGCCUCCCAAUCGAGUCUGAACCUCGAACUCACGCCGUCGACCGAGAACCCGAACCUCCUUUCUCAUUACUUGCUCGACAUCGUCGACGCCUUGCUGACGACGCUCAACACACGAUCCCAAAGCCUGCACCCCAAGAAGCCCAUGCAGGGCAUAUUUCAGCUCAACAGCGCCGCCGUGCUGGCACGCAGCGUCCAAUCCUCGCCCGACCUUGUGCGCUACAUCGGCAUCACACCACACAACGAGCGACUCGACAAAUUCCGCAAGCGGGCGACGGAACUCUACAUGACGGCCUGGCGCGAGGCGAGCAUGCACCUCUUUGACACCAUCCACACCUCCGGGUCGAGGCCAAUGUCCGGUCAAGGUCCAGGCCAAGCGAUCGAUAGUACGAGCAUCAUCAAAUCCCUGAACAGCAAAGACAAGGACAAGAUCAAAGAGAAGUUUAAGAUAUUCAAUACGAGCUUUGACGAGUUGGUGGUCAGACACAAGAGUUUGCAUAUGGAGAACGAGGUGCGGACGUAUAUUAGCAGGGAGAUUACGGCGUUGAUUGAGCCACUUUAUGCUAGGUUCUGGGACAGGUAUCAUGAAGUGGAUAAGGGCAAGGGCAAGGUUGUGAAGUAUAGCAAAGGCGAUUUGAGCGGGAUGCUGGCGAGUUUGUAGGCGUGAUAUACGUGGUGACCUUGGACUUGUGUCGCGUUUAUGAUGUUGGAUUUGCAGGCGGAGGGGACGCUUAGUAGCAUUGGAUACCUCAGCUUUGUAAGGGAAGAUUCUGUCAUCCUGUGUGGUUAUUGGAAACACACAGACCCGAUUCAAACGUAGGAAGCCUCCGUGAGAUACAGGUACUCAAAUGCUCAACACCAAACGCCA